AUGGACAACCUCCAGCUCAGGUCGCGAAUUGAUUCGGCCAAAACUCCCUGGUGCCCGAAUUUCAUUGAAAUGACUGUGCCUGGUCCGCUACUCUGUCGCAGCCGCCGUUCUCCAUUUCCUUCUUUGUCCGAGUCCGUGUCCGAGUCCGGAAAACUCAUCGGUCCGGAGAUCAGCAUCACAACCAUCAAGUUUGAGUUCCCCACAGAGCCCGAAGUUGAGAACCACGCAAAGGUGUUUAACGACCUGAAAAAGAUAUUCAGGACGCUGAGCCAAGAGGUUGUUGGAUUCAUCCAUCUUCGCGCCUGGGAAGCCAAGAUCGAACGACUGAAUCAAACUGGCGAGACCGUCGAAUCAACAAACGAGGUCCAAUAUUCUUUUGAAGAAGAGCGGCGCUCCGCGAUGAAUAUGGGUGCUCGAGGACCUUAA